GGAAAGCUGUCAACAGCUGUCAGUAGCGCAGAAAGGUCGCAGAGAUACCAAUCUCAGAUCUCAGUGGCUGGUUCAACCUUGGACUCUAGCCAGCGUCCGAGAACUUUGAACUCUUCCACUUGCAAGUGGCUAGUGAGUACUAGAACAACACAAUAUGCCCAUCUUCGGUUUGGCUUCCAAAGACACCAGAUCUCACAUGCACGUCAUGGCUGUCGUCACUUGUGCACGUUCAGUUACCAGUAAAUCCCUCACCAAAAUAUGCUCCUCUCCUCCGGUGACCAGCCCGUCUAUGAGGCCUGGUCGCCAGUCUACUUCACACAGCCGACUACAGCGGUUGCUUUGGGGUCUCAGUUGAUACUUUAACGCGAGUACUACUUAAGCCAAAGCAUUCGCUGUGUUUUUGCUCGUCAUUUUCCUCCGGUUUUCUGAGUUGCGUCAUGGUCCGACAAUAUCUAUUCUGGUGCAUUCUCGCAAGCCUUGGAAGUUACGCCGUCACUAUUGGCCCAGUCGUUGACCUAGCUGUUGCCAAUGCUAAAGUAUCUCCAGAUGGAUACAUCAAGUCGGCGAUACUUGCUGGCGGCACUCUCCCUGGGCCCAUUAUCGCGGGCCAGAAAGGAGAUACAUUCAAGAUCAACGUCACGAACUAUUUAUAUGAUGACACGAUGCUCACUGGUACCACCAUUCACUGGCAUGGAAUGUAUCAACGUCAUCACAACCAAAUGGACGGCUCAGCCUUCGUCACGCAAUGCCCAAUAGUCUCAGGUCACUCAUUUCUGUACGAGUUCAACACUGGCGGUCAAGUGGGAACCUACUGGUACCAUUCUCAUUAUGGAGUCCAACACUGCGACGGUCUACGAGGCCCACUGAUCAUUUACGACCCAAAGGAUCCAUACCGUUUAUCCUAUGAUAUUGAUGAUGAAUCUACGGUUAUCACACUGAUGGACUGGUAUCACCUACCAUCCCCUCAAGUCCAAAGACUUGUCACCCCAGAUUCGGUGCUUAUCAACGGUGUCGGGCGUUAUGAAGGGGGGCCGGAUGUGCCUCACGCAGUCAUCAACGUUCAGCCACACAAGCGAUAUCGGUUCCGCUUAUUGAACAUGGCAUGCGAGAACAACUAUAUUUUUUCGAUCGAUAACCAUAAUUUUACCAUAAUCGAAGUCGAUGGCCAAUACGUGGAGCCGCUCCUGGUCGACUCCAUCCAAAUCUAUGCUGCACAGCGGUACUCCUUCAUUCUUGAGACAAACCACGCUGUCGACAGCUAUUGGGUGCAUGCCGAUCCUGACUCAGGUUCCAACUCCACAGCUGUCCUACGGUAUGCGGGCUCUCCCCACGCGGUCCCUAAGAAUGCGACAGCUUCAAGCUUGGUCCCUCUGAACGAGACUGACCUACACCCCUUAUAUCCACCACCAUCUCGUUUGCUUCAGGAAAAUGGCGCAGAUGUCGAGCUCAACUUUAUUCUUGGGAAAGAUUUGACUAGUGACAACUUCCUCGUGAAUGGUGUCCAGUUCACUUCUCCCAGUGUCCCAGUUCUAUUGCAGUUAUUGAGUGGUGCUAUGACAGCUUCGGAUUUAGCACCCAGUGGCUCCGUAUACACUUUACCACGGAACAAGGUUAUUGAGAUUUCCUGGAAUACUAAUAAUGCCCCAGGUGGCCCUCAUCCGUUCCACCUCCAUGGGCAUAACUUUGCCGUCAUCAGAAGUGCCGGAAGUAGCGAGUACAACUAUGUCAACCCCGUCAUGCGCGAUACCGUGAACACUGGCCUGCCUGGUGAUAAUGUAACCAUCCGCUUCUUCACCGACAAUCCUGGACCCUGGUUUUUGCACUGUCAUGUCAAUUGGCAUCUAUACGCCGGAAUGGGCGUGGUAUUUGCAGAGGAUCCUCACGAUGUGGCAGCUUCUCAGCCUCUCAGCAAUUCUUCAAAGCAGCUCUGUCCGAUAUACGAUAGCCUUCCUGAACAAUAUUUUCCUUUACCUCCUCCAAUACCGCCCUCUUCCACGACUGGUUGAUUCCAUGAACGUCAAACUGGACAUUGUUGAAAAGAAUCUAUCGUAACAGUCGUUUAGGAUGGGACAGACAUUUUCAUUCCAAGUACUAGACAUUGAUUGUUCCUCUAUAGCUCAUCCAGUAUUAGAGUAGAAGCAUUUAGGCACAUUUGGAAUGUAUACCAACUCUCAAUUAUCUGACUUUUUGUCUGUGCACCCAUUUC